UCUGUUUUGUUGUGGAAUCGUUAUGUGGUUAAUAUUCCUCCUGAUAACAAAGAUCAAUCAACCAGACCUCAUUAUUUGAAAGAACCACAAAUGACCAACUCCAACGUUUCAGUAAAGGUUUUGUGUCACUUGAAUCUCCUUGAGCAUCAAACUGAUUGAAAAUGUAAACAAUUUACGUGAUAAUUAAUAAUUAAACGGUUCGUCGAGUGCAUAACAUCAACAUUCUCACCGGUAGUGUUGUGCACAAUGCUGGAAAAAAUGGACAAACCAACGAUUCAAACCGGAAGCCGAAUUAGCCACGUGUCUUAUUACAAUGCCUACAAGUACAGUUCACUCACUCAAUUACACAAAAUGGGCGAGAUUCAUGGGGCGAAACGAGUGGUGGCGUUUUUCUUACUAACGGCUGUGCUCCCCGCUAUUUUAAUAAUAGUCCCACUUUACUUGAGACAUAGUGUCUUCGCCGAUGUGACCUACCCCGUGGCUGAGUCGGACGUGGUGGCAAUCGUCGAUGGCAUGUCCUCAGUGUUUUGCAGCUCUCAGACGCUCCGAAUGAACACCACGUUCAAUGCUUUCCAACUAAGCGGAAAACCGAAACUGAGCCACAAACGCAAGCAUAUCAGACUGAAGAAGUCGAUGCGGCUGCCUGACGACACGCUUGAAUAUUGGGGCUUUUUUCUGCUGAAAGGGGCCAUUGUGAAGCUCCGCGUCUGCUCGCGGUACGAAGGCUCGCGGAUUUUGGUCGUGCGAGGGGAGAAGAACUUGAAAACUUGCGGACUUUUACAACACAAUUACAAGAAAUAUGGGGCCAAGAUGGACGAGGAGCACAAUCGAGUUAAAGUGACUUUUGAGAACGCGGCUGAAGUUAUCGAAGUUGUUGAUAAUCACAAGGUUGACAAAAACACGGCUGCUGAGGAUUUGAAUGCUGAGAGUGUGGACACGUUUGUGAAGAAGCGACUGAACAAAGGUAAAAAGGUCCAAAAUUCUAGUUUAGCAAUAAAUAAGACUGCUGAAAGUACCUUAACACAUCACAAAAGACACGCCAGGCGGAAAUCCCUGCAAAAAUUACUGCUUGAAGAGGAGGAAGAAGCUAGGCCAAAGCGAGAUAUCGCAGAACUGGACGCGCAUAUAGCCCAUGGCGGCAAUGCCUUAAACACUAGUAGUUUGUUUUCGGAGGACAGCAGCGUCUCGAGUUUUGAGACCGAUUUGCUCACAUGUUACGACGGUCAGAUUUUGCUAACACAGGGGUUUCCCCCGAGUCAUCACUGUAAUAACGUUCAAUAUCUGGAGAAGAGCAACCACAUGAUGACGCUCCAUGAGGUGGCGACUGACGGAUACUACUACUAUAUUUUUUACUCAGAUAAUGAUAUUUAUUCGAACGAUAUACAUGCUAUUUUUGAUAUUUAUAAGCCGACUUACUGGUUUGCGAACUCGUCAAAGGGGAACGACUGCAUCAAUCAAACCGAGUGUAAUUUUCCCGUGUCUUUUCUAUCGGACGAAACAGUGAUCGUCGAGGUGCCUACACGUGACGGGAUCGAACACGAGGGUGAUGAUAUUACGUUGUUAGUCAGUACUUGUCAUCCUAGAAUGAGCGUGUAUAUGAUUUUUCCAAUUACUGUUCUCUUUCUCAUUCUGGGGUGUGCAUUUUUAUAGUGUUGCAUUUUAUUUUUCUAUGAAAAAUUGUGAUAUUGUAAUCGUAAGCCAAUUGUAUAUUUUUAGAUAAGGUUGUAAAAAUAAUUAGUGUGAAAUAUCUAGAUGUGAAAGUACCGACAACAAAUAUUUUGUUAAUAUUUACACUACUGGAACUUCUGAACACUUUGUUUUUUAAAAAUUGUGACAUGUUUUUAAAGCAGAUUAAAAAAAGUUUUUAGCUCAUGGACCCGUUCAGCACAAUAGUCCUGUUUUUAUAAGGUAGAAGGCAUGGUAUACAAACUCAUGUAGAUCACCAUUUUAAAAGAAAAGUGAUGUAAGAAAUUUAUUUAUCCACAAUCACAUUAAAUUGGAGUUUUAUCCACACUAUGAAGCAUAUAAAGUAACUUUAUUCCACUUUUGCCAUAACAACCAGACAAAGCCUGUGAACAUUUUUAAUUUAACUUCGAUUAAUUUCAUCUUGUUAAUGUGAUUAAAUAACAAAAAUUUAAACAAAAUUUUAAAAAGUUAGGAAAACAACACUUGUGUGUUAAGACUGUCCAACAAACAGCUGAACAAUUUUUUUCUUGUUACAACAAAUGUAAAGAAAUUGGUAAAAUUAACAAUUUUAGAGAUAAGUUUAAAUAUUUUUUACCAAAAAAAAUAAAAAAUAUUUUGUAAAAACCAAUAAUUUAUUUAGAAACAAAAUGGUUGUUUUAAAAAAAAAGAAUACAGCCCAAAUUAUCAUACAUGUGUGGUCACUGGUCAUCUCUGUGUUUUUUUUAAUUGAUGAGUGAUAAACCCACAUCUGACUUUAAAACUGUAGUAACAUAUAUUCAUAAAAAUAAGAUAUUAGCUAUUUCAAAACUAUAAAAACGCCAACGUCGCAUUUUCUCUCAAAAUUAGCUAUUAUUAAUUAUUCAUGCAUUUCAAGAACAUAAUAGCUAAUGUAAUGUAUACUUUCGAUGGGAGAUCUAACCAUUCAUAACUAUUUUACAAUUUUAUUUAAAGAAAUAAUUGGUAAAAUACGACGUUGGCGUUUUUAUAGUUUUGGGACAGCUAAUAGAGUGGAUAAAAACAAUGUUGUAAAGUUAUCUUGAAGAACUUGUUAAUCCUAUGGCAAAUGAAAUAUUUUUUUUCAUAUAAUGUAAUCAUAGUCGGGUAUGGCGGAAGCCAAUUUGAAUUGCAUUUCUUGUAUUGAUAAUAAUGUGCACACAAUAGCCAGAGCAACUCAGAUCUUUGAACGAAAUUGUUUGCCGGAAUUUUUUGUAUGAACGUGGAGGCGCAAAAAUGUUCAGGCAAGACGCCCUGUCGCCUGGACAUAAUAAUUAUAAUAAUAAUAAUAAGAAGAAGAAUAAUAAAUUUAGAGAUGCAAAUCGCCAAUAUGAAGGAGGACAUUUUGCCAAACAAAUCGUUAGAAGAUUCGAUGCCGCUAAACCUCAAGGUACAAAUCUACUCAACCCAGCCAUCAUGACUCAUGACUGUUAAUGAUGCUCCUUUUUAUAUUAUUAUAAUUAGAAGAUAUAUCGUUCAUUGUGAGUGCAAUUACUAUUUGGACAUAGAGAAAUCGGUAAUAAAAUUUGAGUUGAACUGCUACGGCUAAUGUGUAAACUAGCCUAACCGUUGGCUACUUCAAUAGAAAACGCAGUUCAACUAAAAUAGCGGCUAGUUUACAAACUAGUUAAGAAUCUUGAAAGACAAAUUGCUAGAUAGUUUGUAAACUAUACACGGCAGUUUGGCCAAUAUGAAAACCAAAUUUUCUAGUAACACAAAACAACCAAUGCUUCGGCUAGUUUACAAACUAGCUAGUUAAUUUUACUAAAUUAGCCGUCGAGUUGGGGUUAUGAGAUAUUUUUAUUUAUGGGGUAAAAUUCUUGAAAAGCAAGGCAAAACCGCGUGUAAUCCUAAUUUAUUAAUAAACACAGCUUUUACAUCAAUUUCAGAGACGGGAGCGUUUUAGCCUGUCGAAGCAAUUUAUCAGUCUUAUAAAAUCGUUACCUACAUAAAUUUGUAUAGCAUUUGUUGCAUUUAUCUUAAAAAACAGGACAGAAAUCUUUUAAUUGUGGUGCUGAACAGCCCCAUGAGACUUUUUUAAAUAUUUUUUCAAAAAAUAUCAAAACCUUUAAAAAACAAAGCAGUGUUCUAAAGUGGUAAGGUAAUUACUUGUUAAUUGUUAUUGUUACAAUUUGUUAUGGCUACAUUAGUCCAAGAUUCUUAAAAAAAAAUUGAAUGUGGUCAAAUGAACAUAUUUGCAUUCUUCUUGCGUUGUCAUAUUGAUAUUUUUAUGUGAAACUUGAAACCAUCAAAUACGUGAUUAACAAAGUUCAAAAUACCAAAGUUUGUCACUGUUUUGUAGAGAAUCUGAAACUUUGAUUUUCGUAAAAUCAUAAAAAGCUCAUCGUUUGAUGGUGUUUAUCUAGAAAUUUUUGGCCUUGAAAAUAUUUACCUUAAUUAAUUUAUUAUUUAUCUAAUAUUUUGGACUAAUAAAAAGUCACUUCCUUAAUUCCAUAAAUGUCGACGCUUAGAUUACAAUCAGAAAAUAUUUUUUUUCAUUUAAAGAAUAAUAACUAAAAAUUAAAUUUAUUUUUGUUGUAACAAAGUGAGUAGUGAGUGUUGUGACACAUUUUCAUAAGUACGAUUAAAAAACUUUUUUUCGGUUUUUACUAAACUAGCUUUAAUUUUUUUUUUCUAAUUAUCGGUCUAAAAAAUGAUUAAAUAUUCCAAAAAUGUGUCAGAACUCAGUUCCGCAUUUUUUGUUAUAUAAAUAUGUGCCAAUAUUUUUUUGAAUUAUGUUUAAAUUUGGCCGUAGUGCAAACUUGAUGCACAAAAAGUAUUUUGUUACCUGUUACAAUGUUGUUAGGUUUUUGUAGUUAUUAAGUUCAGGUGCCACAUCACAAAUAAGGAGCUAUUAAUACUUCAAAUGUGUUAUUCUUAAUAUUGAACUUUUUUGUUCGAAAUCUAUAAAUACAAUUAUUUGUACUGUUUUUAUCUCAGGAAUGAAUAAAUGUUGUAUGUUAUGAAUGAA